AUCACUCGGAGUUGGGUUUGCUUCAGUCUGUGGUCCAGCGCAUGGGCGCGCUCGAGCGGCAGUCGCGCACAAAGGGGACCAGAGAGAUCACACCAGAGGCAACACUCACUGUGCCAACGGAGUGGCUAAAGUUGGUGGAGCUAAAGGAGACUGCUCAGCCGCACUCCAAGUUCCUCUUGCUG